AUGGAUUCGUGUAGGAGAGAAACCGUAGUAUUGGCUCUGUUGCUCUCCUUGUUUGGUCUUUCGUCCGCGUUGGAUUACUCCAUUGUACGCGAGGACAGUUCGGAGAGAAAUGAGUUAAGGAGUGAUCAGGAGAUGAGGUGGUUAUAUGAAGAGUGGAUCGUUAAUCACGACAAAUCGUACUCUGAUGAAGUCGAAAAGGCGAAGAGGUUCGAAAUCUUCAAAGACAACUUGAGAUUCGUGGACGACCACAACCGCCCUGGAAACAACAACACUUACACGGUCGGCCUAAAUCAGUUCGCCGAUCUAAGCGACGAAGAGUUCCGAUCCAUGUACCUGGGUCCUCCGCUUAACCUGAGUGCAAUGCCGUCCCCUCCGGUCAGUAAGCGUUACAUACCGAAAAGAGGCCAAUAUCUCCCGACAUCUGUUGACUGGAGGAGAUGGGGAGCCGUCAGCGCUGUGAAAAACCAAGGCGUAUGCGGUUAGUAAGAUUUCUUCUUUGGCACAUCAUUUCAAUCAUAUGCUUCUUUGUUCUUGCAUUGAAAUUGUUGAUGCAAUUGUCACCUAGAAAAUAUGAUCGAGUGGCCUAACAUUGAAUCACUCAACGUUUACAUGGAUUUAGGUUCCCUGUUUGAAAAUUUGCACAUUUUUCUCAUUCGGAAGGAAUUUAUUCUCAUCACAUCAGUAGUUUAUCGAACUGUAAGGUUCGCGUUGAUAAAGAAAUGUUGUCUUACCUACUAACUAUCGUUCAUUUGAGGCUUAUUUCAUUGCCUUGUGGAUGAACGUCCCAGAGAGCUGUCGAGCAUUCGCCACCGUGGCCACCGUCGAGAGCCUGCACAAAAUCGUGACAGGAAGGAUGAUAACCCUCUCCGAACAGGAACUUGUAGACUGCGACAGCCGAAAUGAAGGUUGCAAACCGGGGUAUAUUUACUACACCUAUCAGUACAUCGUCGAUAACGGAGGUAUCGAUACUGAUGGGCACUAUCCCUAUCGAGGAGUUGCGGGUCAAUGCAGGACAGACCGGGUAGCCCUCUGUGACCAUGAUAUAAUAUUCGUCCGGUUCCUAUAUUUUCCUGCGUGCUUAUACUCAUCGGUAUGUUCAUCAUGGAUUUCAUAUCACAGAGAAGGGUCGUCAGGAUCUCAGGAUUUAGAAAGGUGCCGAGUCGCAAUUCGUACGCGUUGCAAUAUGCAGUGGCAUACCAGCCAGUCAGUGUACUGAUAGAAGCUUACAGCAGAGGCUUUCGAUUUCACAAAUCGGUGAGGCUACCUUCGACUCUCUCUGGUCUUGAUUUAUGUUUGCAUUUGCAGUAGGAUAUCACGAUUGUCGUUGCUUAAGCCAUCUGCGGCAAAUUAGGGUGCAUAUUCCCUACAAAGCUAAUCAGUUUCAGAAGCAUUAUUAUGACAACGGGGUCGCAAAAUCUUCUCACUUAAUGAGGUGUUUUGGUUACGACCAUCGCAGACAAGAAUCUGUUUUCUAUUUAUGUAACAAUUUAGUCUUUUAAAAUUGUUUGCCUUUAUCACUCUUAAAGGUAUAUUUAUAUGACAUGGCAUCAAGUUGUUGGUAGCAUGGGAUCAUCUCUCUUAGUCUCGUGUCAUCUUUCCCAGGGUGUGUUCACUGGGCCGUGCGGAGAGGCAACGGAUCACUUCCUGACCGUAAUAGGCUACGGCACGGACUACAAUGGUAUCGAUUACUGGCUCGUGAAGAACUCGUGGGGAACAAGUUGGGGCGAGGGCGGCUUCGGAAAGAUACAGCGUAACGCUGGCGGGAGUGGCAGGUGUGCAAUUCUCUCGCAGCCGCAGUAUCCGGUGAUGAACAAAUGGGUCAAGGCCCCCAGUGGAAAAAGCAGUGAAUGA